AUGUCAGGACAUACUGCAUUAGUCCCAGAGCAGAACAACAACAACAGCAACCAGGAAAACAAAACUUCAAAUAUGCGAGUCUCAGAAAAAAAGUGCUCAUGGGCUUCCUAUAUGACCAACUCCCCUACUUUGAUUGUAAUGAUUGGCCUUCCUGCCCGGGGCAAAACUUAUAUGGCCAAGAAAUUAACACGCUACCUCAACUGGAUUGGUGUGCCUACGAAAGUGUUUAAUCUAGGAGUAUAUCGUCGUGAAGCAGUGCAGUCGUACAAGUCCUAUGAUUUUUUCAGGCAUGAUAACAAAGAAGCCAUGAAGAUUCGGAAACAGUGUGCCUUGGUGGCUCUAGAAGAUGUGAAAGCUUAUGUCACGGAGGAGUGCGGGCAGAUAGCUGUGUUCGAUGCAACCAACACGACUCGAGAGAGGAGGGACUUGAUCUUAAAUUUUGCUAAAGAGAAUGCUUAUAAGGUGUUUUUUGUGGAGUCUGUCUGUGAUGAUCCAGAAGUCAUUGCUGCCAAUAUCCUGGAAGUGAAGGUCUCCAGCCCUGACUACCCAGAGAGAAAUCGAGAAUAUGUGAUGGAUGAUUUCCUGAAGAGGAUAGAGUGCUAUAAAGUCACAUAUCAGCCCCUUGAUCCAGAUAAUUAUGACCAAGACCUUUCCUUCAUUAAAGUGAUCAAUGUGGGACAGCGGUUCCUGGUAAACCGUGUCCGGGAUUACAUCCAGAGUAAAAUCGUCUAUUACUUAAUGAACAUUCAUGUCCAGCCACGCACCAUCUACCUUUGCCGGCAUGGCGAAAGCGACUUUAACCUUGUUGGCAAGAUCGGUGGGGAUUCUGGCCUGUCGCCGCAUGGGAAGCAGUUCGCUCAAGCCCUUAAAAAAUUCAUUGCCGAGCAGGAGAUUGUGGAUUUGAAGGUUUGGACGAGCCAGCUGAAGAGAACCAUCCAGACAGCCGAGUUCUUGGGGGUCCCCUAUGAGCAGUGGAAGAUUCUGAAUGAGCUCGAUGCUGGAGUGUGUGAAGAGAUGACAUAUGAAGAAAUUGAAACUCAGUACCCAGAUGAGUUUGCGCUGAGGGAUCAAGAGAAAUAUCUUUAUCGUUAUCCUGGAGGAGAGUCGUACCAAGACUUGGUCCAGCGUUUGGAAGCUGUGAUUAUGGAGCUGGAGCGUCAGGGCAGUGUUCUGGUUAUUUCUCACCAGGCUGUUAUGCGGUGCCUGUUGGCCUACUUCCUUGACAAGAGCGCAGACGAGUUGCCAUAUCUGAAGUGCCCCCUUCACACCAUAUUCAAGCUCACUCCAGUUGCUUACGGGUGCAAAGUGGAAACGAUCACCUUGAAUGUUGAAGCAGUGAAUACCCAUCGAGACAAGCCUGCUGGGAGUACUAACAACCUUCCAAAGAGCCAAACCCCUGUAAGGAUGAGAAGAAACAGCUUUACGCCUCUGGCCAGUUCGGACACAAUAAAGCGCACACGAAAUUACAGUGUUGGGAGCAGGCCUCUCAACCCACUGGGGUCUCUGCUAUUCCCAGAGGCUCGAGAUGGGGCUGAUCAGCAGAAGCUACAAGUCAGUGUUCAAGUGCUUCAAAUGGGAAGUGCUUGCUUGGAGCCAGCAAACAUCAUCACCUGUGAGUCCUUGGUUUCUGUCUCAGCCACCAAGUGA